AUGUCCCAGAAAAGUUUUCUAUCUAAAAAAUUUUCAUGUAUCGACACUCGCGUAUGCCAGUUAUGCCAUCAAAUAGGUGAUGGAUCAAAUGAUGUAACCAGUAGAUUGCUUAACUACGAUACCGAUAAAUGGUUACAUCUAAACUGUAUACUUUGGUGUUACGAAACCUAUGAAACAGUUAGUGGCUCGUUAAUGGAUGUACCUUGUUCUUCGGAAAAGGCCUCGAAAACUCCUUGCACCUAUUGUAAAAAUCUGGGAGCUGGCUUACCUUGUUUUGAUUCGGAUUGCCAAGCCGUAUAUCACUUACCAUGUGCCUAUCAAAUCAAUUGUUCUUUUCACCCUGAUCGAGGAAUGUAUUGUCCGUUACAUCUUAAAAGUACAAGUAAUAUACCCCACCUUGAUAGCUUAGUUGUUGAAAGAAAGGUUUACAUUUCCAGAGAUGAACAUUCACAGGUCGAAAAAAUCAUAUCAGAUGAAGAUCAUUUCAAUUCAAUGCAAAAUGUUAAGGGACCAAAACUUAAAUUACGUAUAGGAACAUUAAUAUUGCAUCGAAUAGGCCAGUUGCUACCUGAACAAUUAGCUAGUGGAGUUUUCCAUACAUCGAAUUUCAUAUAUCCUGUCGGUUACUGGACCUCUAGAAUUUAUUGGUCUUUUCGUCACGUGGGUCAGCGUUGCCGUUAUGAUUGCCGAAUAGAAGAUUCAGUACGGCCAGAUGAUGUAAAUCGGUCUCUCGUUGAUCCUAUUUUAGUAAAGUUUACUGUAGAAGUAAUAGAACCAAAUGAAGAAAAAAUCUUCUUUGAAGAUACGACCUGCGAUGGUGUUUGGCGGAAAAUAAUAAAUCGUAUAAAUUCGUCACGCAAAUGUUCGUCGUUUUCCCGAAUUUUGCAGGAUAACAUACAAGGUGAGGUGUUAUAUGGUCUUACAGAGCCUCAUAUUAUUCGAGCGAUCGAAUCUUUACCUGGUGUAGAUCGUCUGAGCAAUUACCUUUUCAAAUUUGGUAAACUGCAGUUAAUUCAGGAAAUGCCUUUAGCAAUAAAUCCCACAGGCUCUGCUCGAUCUGAACCAAGCUUCGGACUUAUAUCCGGCGCAAGUCUACUGGAGAUGUUAACACUUGUCCGUAUAUUGCCCACAACCACGUUUUUUCUUGAAACUCCUGGUCAUCCUUACAGUUCAGAUAUCGGAAGUCCCACUUACCUAAAUUCUCUGUCUCCGGGCAUGACCAGUAAAUCUCAACAGUAUCGUCGACUACGUUGGGAUUGGAAAACAAAUGUCGUCUUAGCGCGAUCUCGAAUACAAGGCCUGGGAUUGUAUGCUGCUCGUGAUAUAAGUAAAAGUACCUUCAUUAUUGAGUAUCUGGGAGAGGUCAUUCGUAACGAAGUAGCUAAUCGAAGAGAACGUUUAUAUGAGUCGCAAAAUCGAGGAAUAUACAUGUUUCGAGUCGAUGACGAUUGGAUUGUGGAUGCAACUAUGUCUGGUGGUUUAGCUCGUUACAUUAAUCAUUCUUGUGACCCGAACUGUACUGCAGAGAUACUCCACUGUGAUAAUUCUAACCAUAUAGUGAUAAUUGCUAGUAAAAACAUCGAAAAAGGUGAUGAAUUGACAUAUGACUACAAAUUUGACCUAGAAGAAGAUCGUUGGGAUCGGAUUCCAUGUCUUUGUGGUUCAAUUAAUUGUCGAAAAUGGAUGAACUGA